AUCAGUGUGGAUUACUUCUGGGUAGGCGUCUGUAGGGUUGCACUUGCCAGUCACUUUAAAUCUUUAAUCGUGCGGAAAGAAACAUAUGUAUAAAGGGGCUGAGGUUUGGAAUUAUCGGUGAGUGUGAAGGGCUGUAAACUGAGUAGAGAGGGGGGGAGUGUGAGGCGGAGCAAUAACGGGAAUUUGGAAAAGAACUUCUCGUCUCGCGAGGUUUCACCGUCGCAGCGGCGGCUUCGCUUUCUGUCACUUUGCUCAGCCAGCACUAUGGCAGCGCUGCGGGGUUUCCUGAGGUGGCGGCGUUGUCACCUCCCCGGCAGCAAAGACCCGGAGCUGGCUCACCGGAGGCGCCUAUGGGGUCUCCGGACUAGCUCGAGCAGCGACGGAGCGCUGAGCGGCUUGGGCGUCGCAGCGGCAGGGGCAACCGGCGGGGCGCUCGCUUGGUUCUUCUGUCAACGCUUCUACGACCUUUCUGACGAGCGCCGGCAACAGCCUCCGCAGCGCCAGAUGCUGGGGGCUAAUAGCCCAAGGGGACGAGGAGGAGCCGGCGAGCCUGGCCAAGGCCGCGGAUUACUAUCCAUCCCUGUGGCGGCGGCUGCCAAGGAGACGGUGGCCACAGAUCAUGAAGAUUUGGGUCUUUAUGCAACAUCACGGGAACAGCGGUUUCGUAUGUUUUCCAGUUUAGAAUUUGAAGGGCAGCUCUUUAUGACACCGUAUGACUUCAUUCAGUCAGUUACAAAUGAUGAACCAAGGUGGACAAAACAAUGGAAAUCUCUUUCAAAACAGGAAUUGAAUCAAAUACUUGCAGAAACUCCACCAGUUUGGAAAGGGUCAUCAAAACUCUUUCGGAAUCUCCAAGAUAAAGGUGUGAUUUCUUACACAGAAUAUCUCUUUCUAUUAUGUAUCUUAACAAAGCCACAUGCUGGUUUUAGAAUAGCAUUCAACAUGUUUGAUACAGAUGGAAAUGAGAUGGUGGACAAAAAAGAGUUCUUGGUGCUGCAAGACAUAUUCAGGAAAAAAAAUGAGAAGAAAGAAAGAAGAGGAGAUGAACAGAAAUGUGCUAUGCUGCAUCUCCAGCUUUAUGGAUACCACAGUUCUACUAAUGCUGUGCUAAAAACAGAAGGAGAGGAUCUUGUUCCAAGAAGCUAUUGGGAUACUCUGAGACGUAGCACAAGCCAGGCACUCUUUUCGGACCUUGCAGAGCGUGCAGAUGACAUCACCAGUUUACUAUCCGAUACUACACUGCUCGUUCAUUUUUUUGGUAAGAAAGGAAAGGCAGAGCUUAACUUUGAAGAUUUUUAUAGGUUUAUGGAUAAUCUCCAAACUGAAGUUCUCGAAAUAGAAUUCCUUUCCUACUCUAAUGGGAUGAAUACCAUCAGUGAGGAAGACUUUGCUCAUAUACUUUUAAGAUAUACAAAUGUGGAAAAUACAUCAAGCUAUCUGGAAAAUGUGCGCUACAGUAUCCCAGAAGAGCAAGGCAUUACGUUUGAUGAAUUCAGAUCAUUUUUCCAGUUUUUGAACAACCUAGAAGACUUUACAAUUGCAAUGCAAAUGUAUAAUUUUGCAAACCGUUCAAUAGGACAAGAUGAGUUCAAGCGUGCAGUAUAUGUAGCUACAGGUUUGAAGCUUUCACCACAUUUGGUGAACACAGUCUUCAAGAUAUUUGAUGUAGACAAAGAUGAUCAGCUGAGCUACAAAGAAUUUAUUGGUAUAAUGAAAGACAGAUUGCAUAGAGGAUUUAGGGGCUACAAAAGCCUACAGAAAUACACCACUUUCAAAUCCUGUGUGAAGAAGGAACUCAAUAGCAGAUAAACUAUGGAAAACCCCAAAUACGGGUUGAAGGACUACUAUGUUUGUGUGAUGACUGUAACAAGCAAACACGUCAGACAACUUUGGAAGCAAUUUCAGAGUCGAGACAUGCUGAAAUGAAUGACAAGACACUGCCACAUUUGAUCACUGUUAAUGCUGCGGCUUCUUUCUUUCUUUCUUUCUUUCUUUCUUUCUUUCUUUCUUUCUGGUGUGUGUGUGUGCCUUGCAAAUUGAAUGCAGAACUGAUGAAGCUGAUAAUGAAGCCAAGCAUCUUCUAUCUGUAGCUAUAUUUUGGACUAUGCUAUCUAGUGGUAUAAGUUUCAUUCACUUUAUUAGGGACAAGUGUCCAGGGAGUGAGCGUCAUCCUGUGAAUAUUUCUUCUUACAGGGAUUCAUGUGACUCUUUGCAAGAAUUUUCUUUAGCUAUUAGAAAUGAAUUUUUAAUCAGUCAUCUGCAGAGCAAUCUUAUGCAUGUUUACUUGUGGGGCUUACUCUCCCCAGUAAGUGUACACAGGAUUGCAGCCUUCACAUAGGUUAUAUUGAAAUAACACUUCAGCCCAAAGCAACAACAUUAUGAUUUAAUAUCUUUAUCUGGCUUGCUGUGGAUCCUUCCUAAUGGAGAAAAAUGGGGUGUACAAGUCAUUUUUUUUAAAAAAGCAUGUAUGGAACAGCCAUUCCUGUUUCUGUGGGGCCCUCUCAAAAAAGCCCCGCUGAUCAGCUCUUUAGCAUGAAACGGGGAAUCCAGUCCCACCAAUAGCUGAGUAGUUUUUGAAAGGGCUCCACGUGCAGAGCCCCAGGUGUUGGAUCUGUAACAAACAUUGCACAUGUAACAUAAUUUGUGCCCUCUGUUCCCUGUCUGGGGGGGAUAAAUACAAUUAGUGCCCUAAGCUGGAGGGCAUUGUUUCACUUUAAAUGUAAUGAUCACAAAAUGUGAAAUGUUUUAAGAUUGUAUUUUCUAAAAUGCCUGUUGUAUUUAUUUUAUUUUCAUACAUCAUUCCAUUUUCUUAAUGUGUUAUGCUGUUAAAUGUGCCUUUAAUAAUAGCAAUGGAGAAAAAUGUUUCCAUUUGAUGUUAUAAUAUGAGCAUAUGGAAAGGAAAAAGGAAAUGUGAAAUUAGGUUCAUUUUCAAGCAGAAGACAAUUUGCAGUUCAAAGCUACAAAGCUGCAUUUAAGCUAUUAUGAAAUAUUAUAGUAAAGGAGCUCUUAUAGCUCAGAUUAAUGUGAAGGUUAAAGCAGUUUAAACAUGGAAAAAUCAUGGUACAGAAGACUGCUUUAUCCACAGACCACUUCAGCUGGAGUAUUUGAGUUUUAAUUCUGGUAUUUCUCAUUAUAGUCAGUUGCACUAAAUCAGUUGGAUUGUAUUUAACUAAGUCCUACUCAGAGUAGGCCCAUUUAAAUGAAUGAACUGUUAGUCAUGUCUAUCAACUUCAGUGGGUCUACUCUGAGUAGGACUAGCAUUGAAUACCACCCACUGAGUACUUUAACGGGUUUGAGGAUAGUAGCUUUAUUGUUGAUACUUCUGCUCAAUAGGUUUUUCUAAGUGUGCUGACUUUAAAUUAUACAAUUAUGGAUAGUGCUGCAAAAGGAAAUGUAUUUCGUAGCAUAUUCAUUCAUUCCAUGCUGUAGUAAUACACAGUGCUUGGAUCCUAAUAAUGACAAAACUUCCACUCACAAAAUGAGGCUUUCUUGCCUCCUCCUAGCUGCAGCCCCCUGUCCUUCCAAAACAACUCCUGAUAAUCAGAGACCCUCUGGAACCUCAGGGGACUAUAGCUGGAGAGGAGAAUUACUGGAAAUCAGGGAUAUCUCCUUGCAUGAGCAAAAGCAUCUUCUACUUGCACUAGGUCACUGUUGGUUCCAAGCCUAAGUGUUUUCUUUGUCCUGCUUUAGUUAGCUACAAAUGCUUUCGUGCAUGACUUAGUAGACAGAUACAAUGUCGUCUGGGGUAACUAGCAUGCAAUACUAAACAGUUCUUGGUUAUUAUUAUUUUUUUGCUAGUCUAUUUCCAGUUUUUAUAGUUGCAAAAUAAAUGGAAUGCCUACAGUAAUAUGAUCAUAGCCAAUCACAGAAUCUUAUCACGAUAAAAUGCUAUGACUUUAUAAUGCUAUGUCAACUUAACAGGUCACUAAGCAAGAGAUCAUGUAAAAUUGCAAGAGAUAAGCUGCAGCUUUCAUGGCUGUUUUUAAAAAUGAAUGUCCUAGUAGAUGUGGUCCUAGUAGAUGUGGUAGCUCCUGAAUGGAAACAGAGUACAAUUCUCAUAUGUGCUGUAAGGCUGGCUGACAUACUCACUUGGCAAAGCCUCUCCACAUGGUGGAGGAGUAGGUGUCAUCCCUUCACCUAUAUAAUGCUAGAUCCAGACACUCAGUAUGUAGGCAAGUGCACAAGAAUCAUACACCAUGGUGUAUGAGCAAGUAUAUGAAUGUAUACUUUGAGAGAGUAUAUAAAUGCAUGUGCAGACAUAUUAGUGUUGUGUCCAGAUGAUUUUAUAUGCAUAGCAAGGGGGGCAGAGAGAGAGGUAUACCUACUCCAUCGUGCAUAGAGAAUUCUUGGCAAGGUAAAUAUGAGACCCAGCCCUAAUUUUUCUAAUGCUACAUGGAUAUACUUUUGACUUCAUUAAUGUCAAUGAAAGUUAGGUAAUAAUUUCAGAAAAAUAGAAAUAGCACUAAUGGACUUUGAAUCCAGUUCAUUGAAAUCAGUGGGAAUAUAGGAUGCAUAGCUAUGUGCAGAAUCACACAUGUAAUUUGCAACAGCUUUGUGCUACUUUUACAAAAUAUAUAAAUUAAAGUUAAAAUAGAAAAAAUAGUCAACAUUAACAGAUAUAAUCGGCAAUUUACAAGAGGAACGUAGACAUAGAAUAUUUAACAAAUAUUGGAGAAUAAACAAAUGUGUGCUUAUCACAUUCAGAAUCACAGUGUUAAUUUUAAUUUUGAUUUUUUCUCUCUUUCCAAAUGUACAUUUUAUGUGACUUACUGGGAUUUAACUAAGUGUAAGAUUAAUGUAUUAAUUCCAUUAGAAGCCUUUCUCCCCCCCCCCCCUUUAAAAUGUGUAGAAGACAAACGGCUAUUAAGUUUUUUCCUUAUGGUCUACCCUCAAUAAAUAUU